AUGUCACGAAGUGACAAUGAUAGUAUGGGUUGGGUAUUUAACCAGCGACCGGCGGUAUGCAGUAACCGCCGGUUAAUAGGCCUUUUAGCACAGUGGUUUAGACCGCUGCCUCUGAAGGGCACUGUUAUAUCGUCCCAAUGCUGGAGACACGAUCCAUUAGCACCAGAGCCCCUAGAUUUCCACGAGACAUCCAUCGAGUUCGACCCAACCUGCGACCUAGCCAUCGUGUUUCCAGUACCGUUACAAGUUGAAGAAUCAGCCUUACGCACCUUGGGUCGAAUUGGAGAGUACUGUAAGCUCACCAGAGGGAAAGCGCGGAAAAUGAUACCAGAAAGAGAGGAGUUGGAACAAGGGCUGGUCCCAGAGGAAGAAAUACCAACAAGUCCUUCGAGAAGUACCAUUUCACAUGACCUCCCUUCUACCACCACUACCCCAGACCCGCUGAAUGAAUUAUCGCAGCAGUUGUCACAAUUAUUAGCCAUUAUGACAAUGCAACAAAAGGAACAAAAUGCAUUAAGGGAAGAACUGGCUACGAUGAAAGCUGACCGACAGAACCAACAGCUACUCACCUCGAAAGGGGCAAGUUCGAUCAAAAUCGAAGAAAACAAGCCGUGUUUGGAGCCAAAACUUACCAACAACGAACGAACAGGAAGAACCAGGUGUGCGGAUCCACCUACCUUCAGUGGAGAACGAGGGGAAUUGGACAACUUCCUUGCAGCAUGCCACAUGAACUUCGAAUUCAAAGGGGCAGAUAUAUGGAAUUCGACCGAAUGGCUAGAGAGCUACGACAAAUUCAUCCAGCAUUUACGAACUCAAUUUGGAGACAGUAACAUGGCAGGUACGGCUAUGAGGAAAUUGCAAGAGUUAAGACAGACUGAUACAGCCGCCGAGUAUUUUGCCAACUUCGAACUUUGGUCAACACGCCUUGGAAAGGUACCAGAUGCAAUGAAAAUUGCCUCAGCCAUACAGGGCCUGAAGGAAGAGCUACUGAAAGUGGUAGUGCAUGUGAUAGGGACUGAGGAGAACCAACGGAUGGCUGAAACGAUGAUUGCAGCGAAUCGAUGGGCUGCUAGACACAAACAUGAGACGACCUGGCUUCCCCCUCGAUCGAAUUCGAUGCGAUUGGAUACUAGUUCGCCCAACCCGGUAGAACGCCACUCACAAUCGACUGGUAGAGGACCCUUGCCCGGUGGAAAACCAGGGAUGAUGAAUUAUGGUCUACCAAAUGACCCUCCGGUAACUUGGACAGAGGACGGAGGACGUCUCAGCGAGAACGAAAUGACUUGGAGGAGGGAGAACCGACGUUGUCUCAAAUGUAGAAGUCCAGAACAUUACGCCAACAACUGUCCAAAUGGAGGAAAUACGAGAAACAACAUUAGGGGAUCCCCAAACCCGCAUAGCUCACCGAUUCCUAGUGGAUCGAACUCGAUCCCAACUGGAUCCAAAGGGCCAUUAGUUCGAGGAAUGGCGGUGACCUUUGAAGAAGAGGGAAACGAAUACCUGGCCUAA